UGUUGAGUCAUGUGAUUUUGGUUUUCUUGUUUCUUCUUGCCGUCUGCCAAACAUUCUCCGGUUUUCUUACUAAUUUUAGGGUGAACUAAGCAUUUAAAAUCUUGAAUUUUUUUUAAUUCUUUAACACUACUUGUGUUAGAAUAUUUAAUUCUUGAGUGGUCAAGGGAACUGGUUGAUUUAGUGGCGUCAUUGAGACUUAUUUUUAUUCAAGAAAGUAUCAUCUAGUCAUGUAGAGAGAAUUUGUAAGUUUACUUGUUCAAAAAGACAAUCUUUUUGAUUCGAUUCUGCAUCAUCUUGUCUUUUGCUUUGAUCCCUUUUGGCUUUUCACUUUUAGUUAAUAGAUUUCAAGUGGGUCACUGUUUGAUUUCUUUGUCUGGCAUCUGCAUUUAGUUAGCAGUUCUGAGAAGCAUAGCAUGGAUCUUGGAGACAGAAAGUGUUGGGGAAAUUCUAAGAAGGAUUCUUGGAGGACAACAUUGGUGUUAGCUUAUCAGAGUCUUGGUGUAGUCUAUGGAGACCUCAGCAUUUCCCCUAUAUAUGUUUACAAAAGCACAUUUGCAGAAGACAUUCAUCACUCGGAAACAAAUGAAGAGAUUUUUGGGGUGCUUUCAUUUGUUUUCUGGACUUUAACUCUUGUCCCUUUGUUCAAAUACGUCUUUAUCGUCCUUCGAGCCGACGAUAACGGUGAAGGUGGAACUUUUGCCCUUUAUUCCUCAAUAUGUCGGCAUGCUAAAGUAAGCCUGCUACCAAACAAACAAAUUGCUGAUGAAUCACUCUCAACUUAUAAACUGAAGCAACCUCCAGAAACCGAAAACGGGUCAAAACUGAAAACAUUGCUUGAAAAGCACAAAACUUUGCAUACAGCUUUACUAAUCUUGGUUCUUCUUGGCACUUGUAUGGUAAUUGGAGAUGGAGUUCUUACACCAGUUAUUUCUGUUUUUUCUGCGGUAUCUGGGCUUGAGCUAUCAAUGUCCAAAGAACAUCAUGAAUAUGCUGUGAUCCCGAUUACCUGCAUCAUAUUAGUGUGCUUAUUUGCACUGCAACACUAUGGCACACAUCGAGUUGGUUUCCUUUUUGCUCCAGUUGUGCUGUUAUGGCUGCUAUGCAUCAGUGGACUCGGAUUAUAUAACAUAUUCUUUUGGAACCCACAUGUUUACAAAGCUCUUUCGCCGUAUUACAUGUAUAAGUUUUUGAAGAAAACAAAAAAACGAGGGUGGAUGUCUUUGGGAGGCAUUUUAUUGUGCAUUACAGGUUCGGAAGCAAUGUUUGCGGAUCUUGGUCACUUCUCAUAUGCUGCAAUUCAGAUUGCUUUCACCUUCGUGGUUUAUCCUGCGUUAAUACUAGGAUACAUGGGACAAGCGGCUUAUUUGUCUAAAAAUCACGAUAUAGCUACCGACAUUAGUUAUUAUGUCUCGGUGCCAAAAAGUGUAAGGUGGCCGGUUCUUUUUAUCGCCAUUCUUGCUUCUGUCGUCGGGAGUCAAGCAAUCAUCAGUGGAACAUUCUCAAUCAUUAAUCAGAGUCAGUCGCUUAGUUGUUUUCCAAGGGUUAAGGUUGUUCAUACAUCGAACAAGAAACAUGGUCAGAUUUACAUUCCGGAAAUCAACUGGAUUCUCAUGAUCCUAUGCAUCGCUGUCACCAUUGGAUUCAGGGACACCAAACACAUGGGAAACGCAUCAGGGUUGGCUGUUAUGGCUGUAAUGCUGGUUACAACGUGCUUAACAUCAUUGGUGAUCAUUCUUUGUUGGCAUAAACCGCCUAUUUUAGCCCUUUGCUUCCUACUCUUCUUCGGUUCCAUCGAACUACUCUAUUUUUCCGCUUCUUUAGUCAAGUUUCGCGAAGGCGCGUGGCUCCCAAUUCUCUUAGCACUUAUUCUAGUAACCAUAAUGUUCGUUUGGCACUACGGCACCACCAAAAAGUACGAAUUCGACCUUCAAAACAAGGUCUCAUUAGAAUGGUUACUAGCUUUGGGACAAAGUUUGGGUAUCUCGAGGGUACCCGGGAUCGGGCUUGUUUUCACGGAUCUUACGUCGGGUAUCCCGGCUAACUUUUCGCGGUUUGUGACCAAUCUGCCUGCGUUUCAUCGUAUCCUGGUGUUUGUUUGUGUGAAAUUUGUACCUGUUCCAUUUGUCCCUCCAGCUGAGAGGUACCUUAUGGGUCGUGUGGGACCCGCUAGCCUUAGGUCGUACAGAUGUAUUGUGCGUUACGGGUAUUGUGAUGUUCACCAGGAUGUGGAUUCCUUUGAAUCUGAACUUGUUAACCGGAUCGCUGAUUUUAUCUGUUACGACUGGAGCCACCCCGAAACGGCUAGUGAUCCAGAUAACGGAGAAGACGGUGGCUUACAAUCAACUAGAUCAUCAGGAGAGUAUAGGCGUGCAGUGAUCGGGAACUCAGACUUUUCGACAACGAGGGCUUUUGACCCAGAUGAAAGUAUGCAACACUUUAGUGUAUCUGUCGGGUUUCCAACAGCCGAGAGCAUAACAGACAUAGUCGAAACGGACCCGCAAAUCAUAAGAAGACGAGUGACAUUUUCCGUCGAUGAUCAUAAUGAUUCCGAUGAGCCAACAGACAGGCAAAUGAAAGAAGAACUUCAAGAUUUAUUGGAUGCACAACAAAGUGGGACCGCAUUCAUACUCGGUCACUCGCACGUGGAAACAAAGCAGGGAUCAUCGGUUUCUAAGAGGUUAGCGAUUAAUUUCGCGUAUAAUUUUCUCAGGCGGAAUUGUCGGGGACCGGAUGUUGUGUUGAAGGUGCCUCCAGCAUCUUUGUUGGAAGUUGGUAUGGUUUAUGUUGUAUAAAACUUCAUUACUGAUAUAUAUUGAUGCAAGUAGCUUCUGUGAUAUGGAUGUGCUAAAAGGGGCUUAAGUUUUGUUAUCAGGGGCCGUGUUGCUAUAUCUUGUACACUGUGCUUUGCAAGUUGUAUGUUGCUUAUAAGUUUUAAGAAAUAUACGGUUAACAAAUUCACAAAA